AUAAAUUAAACAUUAACAAGGAAUUAAACAUGUAUAAUAGCAAAAAUUAAACAAAUAUAAGAUAUUGUCAAAAUAAACUUUCUGAAACUACAAUAUGACUUUCUGGAAUUUUUUACGAAUUUUCAAACCUAAAAUCCAAUUUUAACAAUUAAUUAAUAAUUUUCCCACUUUUAACUAUAAAAUACAAAAGGCAAUUAAAAAUAGGCUAAAUUCGUUCUAAAUUUUCUAUUGACUACUUGGGGUGAUAUUACAGUGAAGUAAACUGGAAUUAGGGCCGAGACUAUUUUUUUUCUAUUUUUGUGUAAUUAAUUUAAUUUAUGCAAUAAUAACAACUAAUUACCGAAAUUAAUAAAAAAUUACUUGUACUUCGUGAAAAUUAACUUUCUUCAGAUAAAUAACAACCUUGAGGCUAGUGAACAACUAUAUAAUUAAUUGGAAUGAAUUCAACAUCACCAACUAUUUUAUUUAAUUUAUGGAAGAAAAUGCGAAAUACUAGAUAAAUAUUCUGGGAAAGUUCGAAUAACAGAUCGAGAAAACAAAGCACAGAUUCAGAUUCUACUCGUUGAGAAGAUGAAAAUACAUAUAAAGAACUUACAAUUUGAAGCUAAAAUGAAGAAGAUAUGGAGAUUUGAAGUUUCUCUCUCCAAAAAAUAGCUUGGAGCUCGGAAAUGGCUGAAGAACUGGACCUUUUUGAACUGAAUUAGGGUUGGAAGAGGUGUGUUUGAGUUCAGCAAAAAUCGGGCUAUUUAUAGGGCAAAAAAUCUCGUAGGCGGUCCAGCAGGCGGCCGCCUGCCGUACCUGUCUGGCCGCCUGCCGUCAAAUCCCACCGGCCGGUGGUUGGUUUGUCGCCUUGUGCCGCAGGCGGUCAUCGAAGGUGGCCGCCUUCCAUCCAGUGUCGGCCGCCUUCCGUUUUUUGCCGGUCCGGUCAAAUUUCAUAAAAAGUUGACUUUUUUCAAACAUCGGUAGGUGGCCAGGUAGGCGGCCAAUCUGGGCGCCUAUUUGGGCGCCUGUGAGGUUUUUUGUCCGUCUUGUUCUGUAUUUUGUGCUCUUCAACUUUCCCUUCUGGACCACUUUGAAAUUCUGCUUCCUUCUUUCGGUAUGAUAUCAUUUGUCACUCAAAUUGACGCAUUUUGUGCUAAAUUGACCCGAAAUUUCAUCAAACAUAUCAUGGAUGUGAUUUUUACCUGAUUUCACGAAACUUGAACCAAAAUAUAUAAAACAUGCCUUGUUUUUCUGUUUUUCAAUCCAAAAUCACUUAAAUUUGAUAAGAAAAAUAAGUACAAAAAUGGACUUAUCAGUCGCCAUCCAGGAAGGGAAUGGCGAGCCCGCUCGCUGGCUCAAGACGCUCGGUGCUGAGGAGGCCGGUCUUGGGAUAAAGGAUCAUGUUGAGAUCGAGGGGUCUGUCGUGAUCUGAGGACGAGGAUGCUGAUGAAGCCGCUCGUCGUAUGAAGGCGAGAGUCGCCAUCCAGGAAGGGAAUGGCGAGCCCGCUCGCUAGCUCAAGACGCUCGGUGCUGAGGAGGCCGGUCUUGAGAUGAAGGGUCACCUUGAGACCGUGGGGUCUGCCGUGAUCUGAGGAUGACGGCGGUGAUGAAGCCGCUCGUCGUAUGAAGGCAAGGGUCCCCAUCCAAGAAGGGAAUGGCGAGCCCGCUCGCUAGCUAAAGACGCUCGGCGCUGAGGAGGCCGGUCUUGAGAUGAAGGAUCACGUUGAGAUCGAGGGGUCUGUCGUGAUGUCAGGACGACGGCGCUGAUGAAACCGGUCAUCUGAAGAUGAAGGGCGGCACCGGGCGCCUGUCCUCUGAGGAUGACAGUGCAGAUGAGCCCGUCUGAAAAUGAAGGGCGACGUUGGACGCUCGUCUGAUGAUGAGGAUGGCUCUGAUGAAGUCGUACAUCUUGUGAAGGACCAGGCUUUUACGCUGGUUUGAAGAUGAAGGGAGGCGUCGGACGCACGUCCCUUGAUGAUGAUGGCGUUGAUGAAGUCGUACGUCAUGUGAAGGACCAGGCUUUGACCUUGGCUUGAAGAUGAAGGGUGGCAUUGGACGCCCGUCCCCUGAUGACGACGGCGCUGAUGAAGCCGGUUGUCUGAAGAUGAAAGACGGUGCUGCACGCUCGUCUGACGAUGAGGAUGACACUGAUGAGCCGUCUGAAAAUGAAGGACGACAUUGGACACACGUCUGAUGAUGAGGAUGGCGCUGGGCGCUCGUCUGAAGAUGGACAACGCUGGACGCUCGUCCCCUGAUGACGACAACGCUGAUGAAGUCGAUCGUCAUAUGAAGGACGACGUUGAUGACGUUCGUCCUUUAAUGAAGGAUGGCGUUGGACGCCUGAAGAUGAAGGACAACGUUGGACACUCGUCCCCCGAUGACAACGGUGCUGGUGAAGCCGUUCAUCACAUGAAAGACUUGGCUUUUAUGUUGUCCUACAGUUGGACGGCGCAGGACGCACGUCCUAUGAUGACGACGGUUUUGAUGAAGCCGUUCAUCAUGUGAGCUCAAGGCUCUCAGCGCUGAGGAAGCUGACCUUGAGAUAAAUAAUCACAUUGAGGCCGAAGGAUCGGGCGUGAUUUGAGGAUGACGGCGAUGAUGAAGCUGGUCCAAAUAAAUGGUGACGAGGCGUUGAUGAAGUCGUCCGUCAUGUAAUCUCAAGGCUCUCGGCGCUGAGGAAGCCGGUCUUGAGAUAAAUAAUCACGCCGAGGCCGAUGGACCGGGCGUGAUUUGAGGAUGACGCCGAUGAUGAAUCCGGUCCAAAUAAAUGAUGACGAGGUGUUGAUGAAGCCGUUCAUCAUGUAAGCUCAAGGCUCUCGGCGCUGAGGAAGCCGGCCUUGAGAUAAAUAAUCACACCGAGACCGAGGGACCGGGCGUGAUUUGAGGACGACGACAAUGAUGAAGCCAGUCCAAAUAAAUGAUGACGAGAAGUUGAUGAAGUCGUUCGUCAUAUAAGCUCAAGGCUCUCGGCGCUGAGGAAGCUGGCCUUGAGAUAAAUAAUCACGCCGAGGCCGAGGGACCGAGUGUGAUUUGAGGAUGACGGUGAUGAUGAACCUGGUCCUUUGAUGAUGGACAAAAGCGUUCAGACGCUUGCCUGAGGAGUAGGGACGGCAAAGCCGGUCCUAUGAUAAGGGACCAAGAUUGGACGUUUGUCUGAUGAUAUGGGAAAGUGCUGGGCGCUCGUCUGAAGAUGAAGGACGGCGUUGAACGCUCGUCUGAAGAUGAGGGACGGUGCUGAAGAAGCCGGUCCUUUGCUUAAGGACGAGGCGUUGGCGCUCGUCUGAAGAUGGACGGCGUUGGGCGCUCUUCUGAUGAUGAGGACGACACUGAUGAGCCGUCUGAAAAUGAAGGACGACAUUGGACGCUCAUCUGAUGAUGAGGACGGCACUGAUGAGCCGUCUGAAAAUGAAGGACGACGUUGGACACUCGUUUGAAGAUGAGGGACGGUGCUGAAAACACUCGUUUCUCAUGAUGACGACGCUGAUGAAGCCGACUGUUGUAUAAAGGACCAAUCUUUGAAGCUAUCCUGAAGAUGAGGGGCGGCAUUGGAGGCUCGUCCCCUGAUGGCGACGACGCUGAUGAAGUCGGUCGUCUGAAGAUGAAGGACGGUGCUGGACGCUCGUCUGAUCCGCAUGUAUGGUCUUGCUUCGUCCAUAAUGCAUAGUAUUUGCCUGAUAUGUACUUAGCCAAUUACGUGGCUCGAUUUGUGGGGAUUUUAUUUUAUCGCUCGAGGCCGGCGAGUGCGCGGUCCUUGGCUUCCCUCUUUUGAUUUGUGGGGAUUUCACUCGAGGACGGCGAGUGCACGGUUCUCGGCUGUCCCUCUUUUGAUUUGUGGGGAUUUCACCGAGGCUGGCGAGUGCACGGUCCUUCGGCUUUCUAUCUUUUAUUUCUUCCUCUUAACUUCUUUGAGCGAGGAGUGGGUAUCCUUCUUUCAGGCUUCGGCUGAGGGGGUUGCUAUUCCCUUGGCCGGUAAGGAGUCCUACUGGAUCGUCCUAUGAUAUCGGGGAGGUCCCGUCGUCUAUUUACGACGCGGGCUUAGGCUUUUGGUCGGUUACCGACAACUGCCGUUUCCCAACCCCGAGUUUGGGGAUUUUUGUCACCUCGGCCAUGCUUUCAGGCUUGUCGUCCUGCACAAAAUCAACUCAGUCCUCACUAGCUUCAAUUACCCGGUGAAGAAUCGUCGUAUGAAUUGUAGCCAGUUUCUUCUGUCACAGGCACAAAAUCAACUCGGUCCUCACUAGCUUCAAUUACCAAGUCCCGGUCUUCACCAUCUUCAACUACAAAGGGUUUUUCAAGUUAAGAUGGAAAGCAAGGGCGGUGGAGAUGAUGGGUUUAGGGAGAGUGAAUCAGGCCGAUUUGGAGAUGGAAGAUCAGAAGAUGCACUCCCAUACUAUUUCGUAAAAUAUACAGGUUGCUCGGUUGGUGGUGUCAACAAGAUAACGAGAUAAUGAUGGAUUAUUUGGUAAUUUAAUAUUUUAAGUAGGGAUACAUUUGUCAUAUAUUUACCUUUCACUUUUCAAAUUUAGUACUACGUAUGAAACAGAAAUAGUGGUACGACCAAAAUGAAAAAAUGAGACAAAUGUAGAUGAAUAAAGGGAGUACUACAUUAUACUGUCAUGAUAACUUAAUUUUAAAAAUUGAACAUAAAUUACUAUGAUUAAGUUACUGUUAUAGUCUUUAAUCGCUUUUUGUGAACAAUCUUUAUUUUAGACAUGAAUAUGAGAUUUUUAAGAAAUAAUUUUGAAAAGGUAAUAUUUACGUAAAUAGGGUCGGCUUAAAAGUAUUUACGAAAAUACUGCUGGGUUGACUAUGAUAUAUGAAAACCAGCAAACGGAAUGGCGACUUAUAAGUUGUCAAACGGGAUGACGACUUCCUUUUUAAAAACAACGGACGCACAACAAUCGCAGCAGACAGACGCAAACAAAAUCCCCAAAUCCCCUGUGGCGGAAUUUCGAGUGUACCAGCGAUGACGGAACGACCAUGCCUAAUCCAACUUCCAAGGAUACACCGAAUCCAUCUUCUUCAACAUUCUUUCCUCCAAGUAAAUCAAAUCUCCAUUUUAUCUCAUAUUCAAUGUUAGGGUUUGUGAUUGAUAAAUUUCGAGAAUUGUAAAUUAGGAAUAUAUUUGUUGUUGAUCGAUGUUCGUAAGUUUUGUAUAUGUAUGAAAUGUUGAAGUUUAAUAUCGCUAUCCUUUUAAUGUAGCUAUUAUUUUAAAUAUUUGUGUUGUUAAAUGUAAUAUGUAUGAAAUGUUGAAAUUUGGGUACAUAAAGUGUGUAUAUUCACCGUUACUCAUCAA